CUCCUGACCCCGGAAGGACUCCGCCUCUGGGUGCCAGACAGCUACUCAUCGCCCGGUAGCGGCGGGGAAGCCGGCGACGGACAGCUCCCUCUGGGCUGGAGAACCAGACAGGAAGAGGAGUCAUGUCAGAAGAAACAGUCAGCAAAUCACAGUUUUCCUUGAAGACAGCAGCACUAAGAGUGUUUGAUCUUCCUCUCUCUUGGUACUAUUCUCUCUCCCAGAUCAAAUUUUCACCAGGGAUUAAAAAAUUGUUUGUGGUAACUGCAGUGAGUGCUGUAUCUGUAAUUUUUCUGGCUCAUCACUUUAGAAGAAGACGUGGAAAGAAAAAAGGAAAAACGUUACCUUGGGAACCAGAGCACCUCAUACUUGAAUACACUAGAAAAGCAGCAUCAGACAAAGCUUCAAGUUGUUCCAGCAGUAGACAAAAUUUGACAUUGUCUUUGAGCUCCGCCAAGGACAAAGGAUCUCAGUCUUAUAACCAUGCUAAUGGAGGACUUUUCAGUAAAUACUCAGGUUCUGUGCAGAGUUUGGCCUCUGUCCAGAGUGGCAAUUCAUGUCAUAGCUGUGCUUGUGGCAACUCUAAUUCCUGGGACAAAGCAGAUGAAGAUGAUAUUAAACUUGUUAAUAUUCCUGUGACCACUCCUGAGAACUUAUAUUUGAUGGGAAUGGAAUUGUUUGAAGAGGCAUUGCGUCGAUGGGAACAAGCUCUAACUUUUCGUAACAGACAGGCUGAAGAUGAAGCAAGUUGUAGUUCCAUUAAACUGGGUGCAGGAGAUGCCAUUGCUGAAGAAAAUGUAGAUGAUAUUAUUAGUUCUGAGUUUAUCCAUAAACUUGAAGCUCUGCUGCAAAGAGCAUAUCGUCUUCAAGAGGAAUUCGAAGCCACCCUUGGGGCAUCUGAUCCUAAUUCACUUGCUAAUGAUAUUGAUAAAGAUACAGAUAUCACCGUGAAGGAGAAUGUAAGUGACUUUGGCCUGCGAGACACUUUGAACAUUGCAUCAGCCGAUUCAUUUGCUUCAGCUGCAGAGCUUGCAGAGCACAGGGAAGUACGGCAUACCUACAGUCUAGAGUCUCUCUGCCACUGCCCUUUUUAUGAAGAAGCCAUGCAUUUAGUUGAAGAAGGAAAAAUUUACUCAAGAGUACUUAGAACUGAAAUGUUGGAGUGCCUCGGAGACAGUGAUUUUCUUGCCAAACUUCACUGUAUUCGACAGGCUUUUCAGGUAAUUCUUUCAGAAACAGCCAACAGGAUGUUCCUUGCUGAGAGUGGAAGGAAAAUUUUGUCAGCUUUAAUUGUGAAAGCACGAAAGAAUCCAAAGAAGUUUGAAGACGUUUUUGAUGAAAUGAUCUAUUUUUUAGAGCAGACUGAUCACUGGGAUAGUACUGAAAUGGAACUUGCUGCUAGAGGGGUGAAAAAUCUAAAUUUUUAUGAUGUUGUUCUGGAUUUUAUAUUAAUGGAUUCCUUUGAAGAUUUAGAAAACCCACCCACGUCCAUACAGAAUGUAGUAAAUAAUCGCUGGCUAAACUCCUCCUUCAAAGAAACCGCUGUGGCUUCAAGUUGUUGGUCAGUACUGAAACAGAAAAGGCAGCAGAUGAAGAUCCCAGAUGGAUUUUUUGCCCAUUUUUAUGCCAUUUGUGAGCACAUCAGCCCUGUGCUAGCCUGGGGCUUUUUGGGGCCUAGAAAUUCUCUUUAUGAUUUAUGUUGCUUCUUUAAGAGUCAAGUUGUUUUCUUUCUGAAAGACAUUUUUGAUUUCGAGAAAGUUCGCUAUUCAAGUAUAGAGACGGUGACGGAAGACCUCAUGCGGCUCCUCAGCCGCCGCACGGAGCUGUUAAUGGCCUGUGUCGGCGCAGAUGCGCUGAGACAUGCAAGUAGCUGUGUGAGUGGUCAAGACCACUUUAUGUCCAGCGGGCUGUUGGAAGCCAAAGUGCAAUAAGUACCUUAAGAAUCAUAUAAUUUGAGUGUGCUAUACUUUAAAGUAACUGUUGAUUUUGUAACACGUAUUUCAAAAUCAACAGAAUUGGUUAAUGUGGACUCAGGGAGAAAAAAAAAUCUAGUAAAGAAUGAAUGGCUGUACUGUACUUAGGCAGAAGUUCUGUCAUUGAAUCCCUGUGUAGCAUAUCCAGAGCGGUUUUUUACAAUCUGUAGGUAACAAUUCAAGUUGUGAAAUGUGUAUUUCCCAGAAAUGUUGCUUGAAUUGAAGCCAAUACUUGCCAGUUAAUUGGUUUGUCUUCUUGAAGCUGUCUGAAAUGUCCAAUAUCAUUCACAAAAAGCUUUGUUUUUAUGCUUUGUGCCUAGAAAAUAUAUACUUUAGCCAAGACCUUUGUGGCUCACACGCGUAAGAACAUAUUCCUCCUAGUGUCAACAUACUUACCUUUGCCUGAAAAUGUGUUUUUGUUGGUAAAGUUAAUCAUCUGUAUAACCAAGUUCAGGCAGUAGCGGCGUUUAAUAUGUACUGCUUAGAAUAUUGCUUGUGCAUUUGCUUAUGUAACUGAAUUAAGGAAAUUGUGAUGGCAGAGUAUCAUUAUGAAACAUUUAAAUGAGUUAACACUGAGAAGUUUACAAGUUACAGCUUUUAAUUAGACUUACUGCAGUUUCCAAAAUAUAUUACUGCUGGGCUUCCAAGUUACAACAGAGAAACUGAAGAACUUUCUUUUAUUUUUUUAUAGUGCAGUUUUCCCUUGAACGUUGAUUGAUUGAAAAUAUAACAUUAAUUAAGGCAAUUAAAAUUUUUUCUGUAUAGUCUCGAGACUGUCUCCCAGAAUGUGAUGGUAUUAUUAGUCUUGGUACAGUAAAAUAAUUUCUCCUUUCCCCUUCUACAAAACUGAGUUUUCAUUACUCCCACAGAGAAUUUAGCAUCCUGGGAGUUUAUCAUAUUAUGACCACAUUUUAAAAAUAUUGAUGCUUUGAAUCUUAGUAUGGUUUUAAAGUGGGUGUUUUUCUCCCUUGAAUAUAGAACAAAAAUAUUUUUAAUGCUAUGGAAGUAUAUUUCCUGUCCUUGAUGAUGAAUGUACGUAUGAAAUGUUGUUUAUGAGUAAGGUUCUUCUUCAGAGUAUAUUAGACACUUUGAGAGUUGCAUUAAUUUUAUGUCUAAAUCAUAUACCACUUACUUGGAGUGGCUGAUUCAAUAUAUGAAUGGAUUGGAUUUGUUAAUUUUGCUCCUGAAGUAGGCUGCAUUCCUUUUAGAAGUUAAUUACCCAGAAGGAUAUGAAAUAGAUUUUUAAAAAUACAUUUCAGAUUAAAGUGCCUAGUUUCUGAUUAAGGAAUAGAAAAUUAACAGUGAAAAAAACAAUCUUUUAAGGUUUUAAAUAGUUGUAUUGCCACAUUUAUGUAAUAUUAGUUACAAAACAUGAACUUCCAAACUUUUGUUUGCAUAUGUUUCAUAACAUGUAGGUUACAUCAUAAAGCUAAUUAAUAUGAAGUAUUGCUCUAAAAGUUUUUGGGUAUAUAGCUCUUUGACUUUUCUUGCGUAUAUACUUAUUUACUAAUUAGCUAUUCAUAAUUCUUAUUAUUGGUGGAGUAUCAUUAGAUGUACCAAAACUAAAAAUUCAAUUAUGUAAUGUUUUACAUUUAAUUUAGUAUUUUUACUUUGUUGUUGAGGUACCGUUGACCUUGAAUGAUGCAUACUCGUACACACACAAGUGCACAAACACAUUCCCAUUACUACAUAGGCAAGACAGUUGUUGCUUAUGUUAAUUUACUCAUU